AUGUUAGCAAGGUCUAUUCAAAUUCCAUAAAUUUGUUACAAAAAAAAUAAUAAUAAUUAUUAUAUUUUGAGUACAAACGAAAAAAAAGAAGCUAUUGAAGCAUUAGUAGCAAAUCCUUCAGAUGAAAAUUUUGAAAUCUAAAGUCUUAAAUAUAAUACUACAAUAAGAAAUUUAAAGAGAUGGUUUAAUUAAGGAUAUGUGAGAAAAUCUGGAUGUGGAAGGAAAAGAGUUAAUCCAUAAGCUGUUGCAGAACUUGAAAAAUGGAUCUUAAGUGAAACUAAAAAAGAAGGAAAGAAAAUUACGAGAGAUUAAAUUAAAUCAAAAGCUUUAGAAAUUUUUAAUAGUGAUACAUUCAAAGCAUCAAAAAUGUGGAUGGACAAAUUUCUUUCAGAAUAUGAUAUCAAAUUUAAAGUUCAAACAAUUUUGGAGGAAUAAGGAUGUUUAUCUAAGUUAUAAGAAGUCAAAUUUAAAUAAGAGUUAUAAUUAAGAAGAGAAAAGGGAACAGAAAGUUUGGAAACAAAUAGAUUAAUUAAAAAGGAAUCAUAGGAAUAAAUUAAAACUGAUUUAAAUGUUAAAUAAAUAUUUGAAGAAAAAGUAUAUGUUGAAGAUUUUUUUUUGGAUCAAGACGAAGCUAAUUUUUUUCCUGAUUCUUUUGAUAUCUAAAGUAGAAACAAUCAGGUUGAAUUAUAAUAAUUUUCUGAAUAAUUAAUUCCAAAAUUAGAAUUUCUAGGAGACAGCUAUGAAGAGAUUUAUUUAGGAUAUUCAAUAACAUUAUAAUCAUUUUUUGAUUAUUUUUGA